AUGGCAGAUGAUGAGUUGGUGGUGAUCCACUCCCUGGUGACCUCUUCCUACAUGCUGUUGCAAGGUGGGGCAAGGAGGGCGCGGCAGCGGACGCGGUUCCUUCGCUCCCUCGUGACGCAGAACCUCAGGGUGCGAUGCCGGGAGCGCCGGGGGGUGACCGAUCCCCCCGCUUUCCCCGGGGAAGGGAAUGGAUGCUAUGCCCGCAUGUGCGGCGGCUCCGGACGAGCGCCAGAUGGGCGCCGCUGGUGGUCGCACUUCCAGGGACAACAGAUCCUGAAAUGUUGUGCAGCUGGCACUGUCACUCUUGUCACUUCAGCCACCUGGGCAGUGGAAGUUGUCCACUCGCGUGUUGUUUCGACUUCACCAGGACCUGAAGAAGAGGCAGAAAAACCUGUGAAAACUAAGACUGUUUCUUCCAGUAAUGGAGGAGAAAGUUCGAGUCGCAGCGCAGAGAAACGGGCAGCUAAUGAAGAAGCUGAAGACUUCACCACAAAGCCUGCUCCUGCCAAAAUGUCCAAGUUUGGAUUUUCCAUAGGCAGUCAGACAACAAAGAAGGCAUCUGCAAUAUCCAUCAAACUGGGAGCAAAUAAGCCUAAAGAGCCUGUUCCAACCCUGGCUCCAAAAACCCUUUCUGUAGCUGCAGCUUUCAACGAAGAUGAAGAUAGCGAGCCAGAGGAAAUGCCCCCCGAAGCCAAGAUGCGCAUGAAGAACAUCGGAAGGGAUACACCAACCUCAGCAGGACCAAAUUCAUUCAAUAAAGGAAAGCAUGGAUUUUCUGACAACCAGAAGCUAUGGGAACGAAAUAUAAAAUCUCAUCUUGGAAAUGUCCAUGACCAAGAAAAUAACUAAAUGAUGUGGAUUACAAGUUGGGUGUUUUGGGGGGAGGGGAGGGUGUAACAUUAAAGGAACAGUUUCCUUUUUUAAGAAUGGUAUGAGACUAUCUUUGGAGCCACUUUUUUAAGACUUUGAGUGGUACACUAAUAAAUGAGUUUGAAAUUAGAGGUAAUUUAUGUUUUGUAUACAGAUUUCAAGGCAUUUGCUAAUUUUGUAGUUCAUGUGAUUAGUUUCAAAAGGUUACAGAUAAUAAAGAAAUUGGAGUGGUACCUUUUUAAGAUAAUUUUUUUUGUCAGUGAUUAAAUAAGGUGGAUGAAAAAGGUUACUGUCUCUUUAAUCAAGUUCAAAUUGAAUGCUCUUGCAUUCUCACUUCUGGCUCCCUCUUCAUAACAGGAGAAACAGUUGACUCCUAGGAAUUCUGCUAAAGAGAGUGAGCAUUGUCUUGUGCUAGAAGUGUUACUGGACUAUUAAUUUGAAUAUAAUCUUACACAGGAAAUAAUAAGAACCUGGAUUUUUUUUUUCUCCCUGCAGUCACCUUUUAUUAAGUCUCUGCAAACUAGGAAUUAUGUUGCUCUGAGUGGCUCUGGUAAUUUAGCUGAUUUUGUUUAAAACUUCAUGUAGGAUGUGUAACCUUCAGUGGCCUGUUCUGUCCUAAGGAAAUGGGCCUUGUCUGUAUAUUAGAUACAGUCUGUAAAGAAUAUUCACUACAAAGAUAAAUCAGUAUUUUCAGUGUGCUCCUUUUAAAUCAUUAGCCUUGAGUAGUGCUUGUUAGCAUUUCCUAGUGGUACACAAAAGCCACCACCAAAAAAUACAAGCUAAUGUACAUUAAGCUUCACCUUUGGUUGAAAUAUUUUUCUUUACUAUGCCUAGAAGGAAUAAAAGCCACACCAAAAAUCGGUAAACUCACUGCUUAAGUAUGAAAAAUCUAAGAUGCACUUUCCCUGUCUUGCCAUUUAAGACAAAAUGCCUUGAUGUCUAUGACCUCAGUGGACACUAUCAGGUCAAAGAAUGCUGUAUCUGCAGUCCUGAUGUUUCUAACAAGUGUUGACUUCAGAAAUAAAACUUGACCUUUUCCUGCCUGUCUUCCUUUUGCAGUGAUUUUCAGCAGUGACAUGAAUCUGGUCAGUUUAUUUCUUAGCUUCCACACUGCAGGAGAGUGCUGAAGGUUUUCAGUCCUAGUAAUAACCAUCUAAAUUUCAGUCUAGUUUAGAUUAUGUAUUUGUAAAUCAUUUUACUUAUAGAAGUGGCUAAAAAGAACAUUAUCAACAGCAACACCACCACCUCCCGUAUCCCAAACAAACAUAAAGUUCUUUUUAAACUCAAAUACCUGAUAGUGUCAACCACUAA